AUGGCACGCUCCCUGUACCACUGGCUAUGGCAGCAUGAGUUCUGGCUGCCUCCAGGCAUCACCUGGGAGGACAUGCAGGAGUCUGAAGACAUCCAAUACCCUCAGCCCCGAGAUCUGCUGCUCAGCAUCCCCUUUGCCUUGCUCUUGGUUGUCGUUCGCUGUGCCUUUGAGAGAGCCAUAGCCCUGCCCCUCAGUACCAAACUGGGAGUGAAAGACAAGCAGAAACCAAAAGCUCAGCCCAACCCUGUGCUGGAAAUGUUCUACAGCAGGCGCUGCAAGAACCCCAAAGAGGCGGAGCUGCUGAGGCUGGCAGGGCAGUGCCAGCUGCCGCUGCGGACGGUGGAGCGCUGGUUCCGGCGCCGCAGGAACGCAGACAGACCCUGCCUCUCCAAGAAGUUCUGUGAGGCCUGCUGGAGGUUUGUAUUCUACAUCAUCUCCUUCUUCACUGGCCUUGCUGUCCUCCAUGAUAAGCCUUGGUUUUGGGACCACAGAGAGUGCUGGACAGGAUACCCACAGCAGCCUCUCCUACCCUCCCUGUUCUGGUACUACCUGCUGGAGCUCUCCUUCUACUGGUCCCUAGUCUUCACCCUGCCCUUUGAUGUGAAGAGGAAGGAUUUCAAGGAGCAGAUAGUCCACCAUGCUGCCACCAUCUUCCUCAUCAGCUUCUCAUAUUGUGCCAACUACAUCCGCAUCGGGACGCUGGUGCUGGUGAUCCACGAUGCCUCCGACUGCUUCCUGGAGCCAACCAAGAUCUUCAAUUACAUGAAGUGGAAGAAAACCUGUAACAGCCUCUUCAUGAUCUUCUCAGCUGUCUUCCUCUUCAGCCGCCUGCUGGUCUACCCCUACACAGUGCUGUACAACACCUACUAUUACUCCAUGGAGAUCUUCCAACCCUUCUUUGGAUACUACUUUGUGAAUGCUCUCCUGGUCAUCCUGCAGCUGCUCCAUGUCUUCUGGUCCUGCCUGAUCCUUCACAUGGUCUACAAGUUCAUCCUGCAGGGCACGAUGGAAAAGGACAUGAGAAGUGACACAGAAGAAAGUGACAAGGAUGAAGAAAGGGAGAAGCUGAGAGAGAAGGAGCAGAAUGGGAUCAGCCAUUUCAGCAGCACCACGAGCAGCAGCCCCACGCAGAGGAAUGGGUCUGGGGUGCUGAGCAGCAGGACCCAGCUCACCAAUGGCCACCUCAAGGAGCGGUAG